AUGGUAGAGGUGAGUAAUCCUAGAGAAUGGUCCACUGAAGAAGAAAUACAAUUGUUUAAUUUAGUUUGUGAUUAUAAACCUGCUGGUAAGUUGAAACAUGAAAACAUGGGAAUAAUUGUAAAUAAGAUUAAUGAAAUAUUGGGUAUUAAUGAAUCAUCAAAGAUUACUGAAAAUGAUAUAUGGACUAAAUUAGAGCAAUAUUAUAAUUUGAAGAAAGUUGAUGCUAUGGAGGAUAAUAGUGAUUUUACUUAUGAACUGAAUACAAGUGAAAAAGAGAGUCAAGAAGAUAUAAAAGAGAAAGAACCAAUAAAGGUAGAAGUAGUAGAAGAGGUAGAAGAAGAAGAAGAAGAAGAAGAAGAAGAAGAAGAAGAAGAAGAAGAAGAAGAAGAAGAAGAAGAAGAAGAAGAAGAAGAAGAAGAAGAAGAAGAAGAAGAAGAAGUAGAAGAAGAAGAAGAAGAAGAAGAAGAAGAAGUAGAAGAAGAAGUGAAGAAUGAGGAACCUGAUGAGAAAGUGAAGGAAGAGGAACUUCAAGAGGAAGAGACACCUACAAUUGAGGUAGAAACUCCUGAAAUUGAAGAAGACAAGGAAGAGGAAGAGCAACCUGAAGAAACAAAGGAAGAAGAGGCGGAAGAAGAACCAGAAGAAGAACCACGUAAUAAAUCUGUUAAAAAAGAAGAACCAAAACCUAAAAAAUCACCACAAAGAGCAACAAGAAGUACUAGACGCAAUUUACGAAAUCUGGUUGUUGAAGAAUCAUCAUCUGAUCUUAGUGAAGUUGAAGUAGAAGAAAAAGAAAAAGAAGAAACAAAAAGUCCACAAUUAGACGAAGCUGAAAAGAAAGAGAAAGAGAAGGAGAAUACACCCGAAGUGGAAGAAGUAAUGGAUGAAGAAUCAGAUAAUGACGUAGUUGAAAAAGAACAAGAGGAAAAAGAACAAGAGGACAAAGAACAAGAGGAAAAAGAAACAACUAAAAGGAAGAAAGGUCCUAAAAAGAAAGCAACUACACCUGCACCUGCAGCAACCAAGAAAAGAACGAGAUCAACUGUUAAAUUUGAAGAACCAGAAGAAAUUACUGAAACUCCAGCUAAAAAGAAAACUAAAAAUGCAUCUCCAUCUCCAUCAGCAUUGGGUACACGUCGAAGAACAAGAUCAGAAGCACACCAUGAAGAAGAAAUGGAAAAUGAUGAUGAUGUACAAGAACAACAAGAUGAUGUAAAAGAAGAACCACUAACGAAACCCACAAGAAGAGGACGAGGUGCCACCAAAUCUGAAAAACAAGAAAAAUUACCACCACCAGUAAGAAGAAGUACCAGAAAGAGGUAA